CAACUGCGGCCUGGUGAUUCACAGCCGUCUUUCUCAAUGAACUCCAAAAGACUGAACUGGAUGAAGGGAGGAGGGGGAUGAAGCAGAGCGUUCAUUCCAGAGGAUGCCAGGAUGUCUCCUCUCUGAUUGGCUGACCACAGCUCAAUGGCUGGUGGAAGAAGCAGUGAAGCUUUUAGUGUGCCUUGACAGAGCUGAAACAACCGAAUCCAGAUCACAGGUACAUGUGACAAUGCUGCAGCUAUGAAUGGAAUUUUAAUGAGGAAGUUGGAAGAAGCUGGCGGCUCCUCAAUCUUCUCUGUGCGGGAAUUGGAUGAUGAAGAUUCUAGCGGCAAAAGUGCUGACAGCGGGGAUAGCGUCCGUCUGUCCACUUCAAAUCAUGUUAUCUGUACAUGUGACAGUGCUGCAGCUAUGAGUGGAAUUUUAAAGAGGAAGUUUGAAGAAGUGGAUGGUUCCUCCCCCUGCUCUUCGGUGCGGGAGUCGGACGAUGAUGUCUCUAGCAGCGAAAGUGCUGACAGCGGUGACAGUGUCAACCCAUCUACAGCAAAUUAUAUUACCCCAUCUUCGAUCUUAAAACGAGAGAAACGAAAGAGGAUGAAAAAUGUCCAUUUUAACUGUGUCACAGUGUACUACUUUGCAAGAAGGCAAGGGUUCACCAGUGUCCCCAGCCAAGGAGGCAGCACCCUGGGUAUGUCCGCCCGUCACAACAGUGUGCGGCAAUACACUCUUGGGGAGUUCGCCAUGGAACAGGAAAGGCUUCAUCGAGAGAUGUUGAGAGAGCACCUAAGGGAGGAAAAGCUGAACUCGUUAAAACUCAAGAUGACUAAAAAUGGCACUGUGGAAUCGGAGGAAGCCAAUACUUUGACCCUGGAUGACAUUUCUGACGAUGAUAUCGACCUCGACAACACGGAAGUGGACGAGUACUUCUUCCUCCAGCCUCUGCCCACAAAAAAGCGGCGGGCACUCCUGCGAGCUUCUGGGGUCAAGAAGAUUGAUGUGGAGGAAAAACACGAGCUGCGAGCCAUCCGCCUUUCUAGGGAGGACUGUGGCUGUGACUGCCGAGUGUUCUGUGAUCCAGAAACUUGUACUUGCAGUCUUGCAGGCAUAAAAUGCCAGGUGGAUCGUAUGUCUUUCCCAUGUGGUUGCACUAAGGAAGGGUGUAGCAAUACAGCAGGUAGAAUUGAAUUUAACCCCAUCCGUGUUCGGACUCACUUUUUGCACACUAUAAUGAAACUUGAAUUAGAGAAAAACCGAGAGCAGCAGGUCCCUGCGCUGAAUUGUUGCCAUGGUGAUAUAAGUGCUCACACUAGUUCAGUGGGCCCUUCCCCCCACCCGCUCGAAUAUUCAGUUCCAGACAACUUUGAAAUCGAAUCAGAACCUCGGACUGCAGUGAUGCAUUUACAGACAGCAGAUGACUUGGACUGCCCGGGGGAAGAGGAGGAGGAAGAAGAGGAGGAUGAGGAUGAGGAAGAUGCGAGUAGCUUCUGCAGUGGGGUUACAGAUUCCAGCACACAGAGUCUAGCACCCAGUGAAACUGAUGAAGAUGAGGAGGAGGAAGAGGACGAGGAGGAGGAAGAUGAAGAAGGAAAAGUUGAUGAAUUUGUGGAAGGACUCGGUUCCCAUGCUGACAUGGUGCAAGCUCUGCCUUCUGUCCUUUGCUAUUCUGACAGCACCGUCAUGCACGAAAACCAUUCGAAGGCUUCCUCCUAUUACACCAGCUCUUCGGCGCUGUAUUACCAAAUAGAGAACCACAGCCCUGGCACUCCUAACCAGAUUCGUGAGACUUAUUCUGAAAGGGACACUGUUAAGAAUGGGAAUCUUGCUUUGGUGCCUUAUAAUCCAUCUUCGGAACAGUUUAUUGACUAUUCGCGGCAAUCGGAGGAAAGUUACGGGAGCUCGCUGUAUCCGUCUUCAAAUCCUUCUGUCAUAGUUUGCUGCUCUUCAUCAGAAAGUGAUAAUGCUGUUCCAUGUGGCAGCUUAUAUUCAGAUCACAGGCCAAGGCACUCCCAGGUGGACUUUCCCUCUUACUUAAAAGGCCCUUCUCAGGAUGGAUUUGUUUCCACAUUGAAUGGCGGCAGUCACCUGCCGGAUCAUCCUGCUGAAAAUUCUCUUAGCCUUUCAGAAAAGAGUAGACUGCAUGAGGAGUGUAUCAAAUCACCUGUUAUGGAAACGGUACCUGUUUAAAUUAUUUUAGGACUGAAUCCCUUUAUUUAAAUGCACUCUGUUUUAAUUGCAUUUCCUGGAACAAUUGUUUUUUCUUAGCAGUGGAGGUAAAGAGAUAGACUACGAUUAAUGCUUUGGGGUUUGUUUGUUUGUUUUUUUGGUCUUUCAAGCUAUACUGGCUGUGGCCACUGCACACACACAAAAAAGAACAGUCCUUGUAAAAAUAAUAUUUAAAGGUGAAAACAAAUCAAAUGGUCUUUUGAUAAAAAAUGCCUAGUUUAAAAAAAAAACUCCAAAAAAUAACAACCUACCUGUCAAACGAUGAGAAAAUGAGAUCUCUGACUCAAAGCCACUCAUUUUAUCAGUGGAAAUUAUACUUUGGAAUCUUCAUGUUUAGAGUACUAAAUUUUCACACCUCUUCAAAGACAACAACUUUUUAAACGUAGAAGUGAUUACUGUACAAAAAAUGAAUUGUUCUGUACUGUAUAUUUUGUUUAUUGUAGCUUAGUACUUAUGUCUUGAUAAGAAAACAAACGGCAUGUUAAUUGGAGUUGAACAUUUGAGCGGAACAGCCCAGCCAUUUACAAUUUCAUUACGCAAAUGAUGUACAUCUUUUGUAACUUCUACAGCUGACAUUGAAAUCUGUUCCUUGAUGUGCCCAAGGUCUACUUGUAAUCUAUGAGAGCAGAAUGCAAGAUAGGAAAUCCGAGUGUUAAUCACCCUCCAUUCUUUUAGUCCUAUAUGGAACUCCUAUAGAAAAUCCAGCUCGACUUCAUCAAAAAAAGGAUGCAUGAUGUUCACCAGGACCACUUUUAAGUAUUCUUGUUUUCAAGAAAGGUAAAAUAUCGGACAAUCCUCUGUUUAGUUUUUUUUUAAACCCAAAUAUAAUUUCACUAGAGGGGGGGAAAAGGAAGCUUGAUAUAAUCCAGCAAAAAAAAUAUUUGUGAGCAAGGGUCACAAUGGCAUUCAAUGGCAUUUACCAGUGUGUCCAGAAGAUACAUACUCCAGCUCUCCUUUAUAUCUUCUCCGUUUCUUCUCUAAUGUGAUUUUCCCUAUAAUGUGAGUUUCCUGCCACUAACCCCCUUCUCUCUGUCAGCAGCCAAUGCAGAACAGUGCAUAUAGUAAAGUUGAUGGUACCAUUAAGGAAUCAACUGGACUAGGAUCUAUGUGUAAUAUACGUUGUGGCUAUUAUCUCCCCUCAUGCAGUGUGGUAGGGUAUGUCUUAGAGGGUGGAUGUGGGAAGUCCACCGACACUCCCCAGAAACAUAACCUCUAGCCAAACGAUCCACUAAAACCAAGCAAAUUUGAGUUGCAAUCCAUUAAUUUCAACAGGACUUGCAGUGCAAUCCUGUAGACGCACCCUUGGGAGUAAGCUCCACUGAUUAAACUUGAGUAGGAUUCUGAGUAGACCUGUUCAGUUGCAUGUCUAUCCAUUGCUGGACUGUAUCUUCCCUUUUCCUUUAGAUACAAAGCUAUAGCUCUCAGUCUUUUGUUGCCCUGCAAAACAUACCAUUUACUAAUUCACUUCAGUGACUCUUAGUAGUACCUUGUUAUGUGCAGAGGCUAUGAAUCAUCUUGGAAACAUACCAAAGUGUAGGAUCAAAAAAAUACUAGGUGGGUAUUAUGCAAAAAUUACCAGAAAGUUAUUGCUGAUCCCCCCCCCCCCAACUAUUUCUGAAAGUUUAAACAAAUAACGGGAAAAAGUCUAUACCAUUGGUUGAUAAACAACCUUCAAAAGGCAUUAUAAAUAGAGAAUACAUGAGAAUUCUAUGGGGUUUCACCAUUCACUUUUAGUUAGGAUUUUACCAACUCAAAACCACAAAUACUGAAGGCUUGAUCUGAAAGAUGGUUUGAUACACACAGGAAUAUGUCCCUGAUGCUUGUUUUUCAGGUAAGGCCAUUGUUGGCCAACUUAAGAACAUCCUACUCCAGAACUUAGAUGCACAGUCACCUCCAUGUACUAUUGUCUUUAUUCACUGCCAUAGAUGGAAGUAGCUUCUUCUGUGCAAAACAGAAUGAACACAGGGUUGUUUCAUUCACUGAAGUUAAUUCUUCCAGGUAGUGGAAUUCCAUGUUCAGUUUCAUGUGAAUCAGUAAGAAAUCUCUGAACUGGGCAGAUAUAAACCGUACUUUCUGAGGUAGGCCCAUAGAGGUACUCAUGGGUGUAAUCUCAACUACAGACAUCCAGUUUUCAAGUCAGAGGUUCACUCUGGUGAGGUGCCAUAACCUAUAAACAGUUUUGCUUUGGAAAUUCUGCUUUUAUGUAAAAGUACAAAAGAACAGGUCUGUUUAAAAAGCUCUGUAUUUAAAGAGUCAAUAGCAGUUGUAAACAUUGUACAUUACCAUUUAAAAAACACAAUACAUCACUCAUUGUAUUUGGGGCCAUGCCCUUUUAAAUGAAUGCCCCAUUAUAGCUGUUACAGUAGCAUUUGUGUGGAUUAGCUCUUCUGCAUCUGCAGAUCCUUGGAUGGCACUGCGUACAAGUGAGAUUCAGACAUUCUUGAAUAUUGGUGCUGGAUGCUGACUACCAUGUACCUCAGUGGACGUGCACCCUCAUCUGCUCAUGAGCUAUUUGUAUGCACUUUAAGGAUAGGGCCAGUCUUAUUUGCAUAUGAAGCUUUGUAAAGCAUUGUAUAUAGCUAUGGUGCUGAGUAAAUCAAAAAUAUGAAUAACAUAUGAUUCGUGCAAUGCAAUCUUUGGCCAUCCUAAUACAGAACAGGUAUAGAUGUGCCUUCCCAUCCACCACUAAAUUCAGAUAAGAAUGUGUGUUACAAAUGUUGUAUAGUAUUUCUGCAGGCUGUUUUCUUGCUUAUGAAACCAAGAUGGGGUGGAUCCUGUCUAGUGCGAAUAGUGGUUGUGUAGGUGGACUUCCCCUUUCAUUUCGCUGCAGUUGGCUGUGCCACCUACAAACAUGGCUGUGAAGGUCAGCAGACCCGCUCUCCAGGAAUAGUAUGGGAAAGAGUGUCUGCAGUGGAAAGGGGGACUCAGCAAAACACAUGUGCACAUAUACCUGUUUUUGCUGAUGUAAUUGUCUUCUGUCCCUGGCAAGCAAGGUUAAGAUUUGGGAUUAUAUGUAUUAUGCAGUGAAUGUGUUCACUAAUCAGACAUACCCUGUUUGAGAAUAAUGAUCAGACUGUGAGUCAGUCAAAGAUGUAUGCAGUUUACAUUGCAUGACUGGAACAAGAAAUUUACAAAUAGUCAUAAGCUAACUCAUAACUGAUUGGCUGAUCAUAACUGAUCAGCUAGGAGAUGGUUUCUGGACACCCCCCACCCACCCCCAGGGCCUAAGUGAGAGGAAACUGUGCCCAGGGCACACAUGCGCCCUGCCACAUCCUGGAACGCCCCCACGCCAGCGUGCGCCUGGUGCGUCAUACACACACACACGCCAUCCCCUUGGUUGAUCCCCAUGCACACACACACCCCAUUGAUUCCUCCCUUUGAUUGCUGCCAACAAUGUUGGAGAUUGACUUCUGAUAUUCAUGUUGCAAAUGAGAGAGGAGAAAGAAAU